AUGGAAUAUCAUUUCGUGCCACAGGAGGAACGCGCGCGCGAUGAUAAAGGAAACUUAUUACCGUGGGGAUAUGUGUAUAAAGAUGAGACUCGCAACCCGAGACGCCCUCCAGAAGAAUCAGGACCAUUUGGCCGCCGACGAAAUGCUCGCUAUGACCAUGCACGAUCACGCACGCGUACUGGCACACCUGCCAAGAAGGAAAACCCGAAUGUCGCGGAAUUCGGUCGACUAUUUGCACAGCAACAAGAGGAUGAACGAGUAAACAACACUCUUCCCAAAUCGUCAUCGUCAUCGACUCUCGAAGGAUCAAGGAAACCCAUCGAGAAAGUCGCGACUGAAUGUAUCCUCUACGGGUACAAGAACAAGGAGUCGGAAUGGAAAGUGAUUGAUAAGUACGAACGCAUUUCGCAAGGCGUGAUCUGUGAGGACUACUCGCGCAGCGAUCCUAGCGCAUCCAACCAGCUGUCGCAAAUGCUCAGUGGGGGUGAUGUCGUUAUUCGAGCAAACCUGUCCGCUGAUGCUAAUCGCAAAUCAAAGCGCUAUGCUGGAGGCCUUCACUGGAUCAAGGUCACUUUCGACUCGACCACGGCAGCUGAUCGCGCGUGUUUCUUCUCCCCGCAAGAGGUCGAUGGCCAUCUCGUCUUCUGCGAACUCUAUCACGGACAGGGUCCCGCCGAAGAUAUUCCCAUACCAAAAGAAUCAUUGGAGGCUAACCGGACGCGGUCAAGAGCGCAUCACACCCUGACAACGUCUCAUUCCACCGCGUUUCUUCAGAGCAAAGAGAUGGAGAGAGUCACAUUACCUAGAUCAUUCGGGAUGAACAACCUGAAUAUUGUCGGCGAUAUCGACGAGGAGGAAUCUCAGCUGUCCAGUCCAACUGCUAGCUCUACCACUGCUACCGCAGUCGAGCAGACAACAGCAACACUUCGCCAACGAGCAGUACCGGAACCCAAGCUCGAGCCAAAACCAGAAUCAGAGUUUAUGACGCACAUUCCUACAGUUCGUCGUGCGGUCCUACGUCCAGUUAACGAAGCUCUUCCUCCGCAGCCUACACUGACUGAGCGUGUUCUUCGCUCCAUCCCUAUCCUCAGUUGGUUCACAGGAGAUAUUGUUGGAGAUGGCCCACAGUUUGGUGAAGAUGGGAAGUUCGAUUAUAUGAAAUCAAACCUGUAUUGGCGCUUUUGGUAUUUGGUGGACCAGAUCUUUGGCUCUGAUAUUUGCGGAUUGAAAGAGGAUGCUUAA